AUGUCGCCGACCGAAACACCGCGCAGGCACUCCCACAGCAGCUUGGCGAGCCUGCCAUCGGCUGGCUCCGAGAGCGGCGCAGGUCACAAUGAUGAUGAGGACGAGGGGGAGCCGCUCUUCCUCGGCUUAGACUGCUCGACGCAAGCGCUGAAAUGCUCGCUGCUCGACUCGGCGCUCGAAGUGCUCGCCGAGCUCGAAGUACGCUUUGACAGGGACCUGCCGCACUACUCGACCCAAGGCGGGACGCUGACGGGCCCCGAGGGAACUGGUGAGGUGCACUCGCCCGUGUUAAUGUGUGUCGAAGCGCUGGACAUGCUGUGCGACCGCAUCAAGGAGAAGCGCUGGCCUACGCACCGCGUACGAGGCGUUAGCGCUGCAGGGCAGCAGCACGCCAGCGUCUACUGGAGCCACGAGGCCAGCUCUUUGCUCAGCACACUUGACUACAAGAAACGGCUCGUGGAGCAACUCGACGCGUGGGCCUUCUCUCGUCAAAUUAUUCCCAACUGGCAGGACAGCAGCACGAGCUCAGAAUGCAGGGAGAUGGAAGCCUGUGUCGGCGGAGCAACCGAGUUAGCUCGUCUGACGGGCAGUAGGGCACACGAGCGCUUCACAGGCCCACAGAUUGCACGCUUUCGACGAGUUGAACCGGACGCAUACGAAGCGACAGAUCGCAUUUCGCUCGUUAGUAGCUUUAUAACCACCCUCCUCUGUGCGGACGGUGAAAUCAACGGCAUCGACGAGAGCGACGCGCCGGAACGCGGGUGGAACGAGAAGCUUCUCGCAUUCGUCGCCGGAGAACAAGGCGCCGAGGGAGGCGAGAAGCAACAGUUGGGCCCCAAGGCGAAGGAGCUCAAGAGGAAGCUUGGCGUCGUAGAGAGCGACAACGGUCGUGUGGUCGGGCACAUUGGGAGGUGGUUCAGGAAACGUUAUGGCUUCCCUAAAGACUGUGUCGUGGCGCCUGGAACAGGUGACAAUCCGGCUACCUACCUGUCCUUUGUGUUGGGCGAUAAUGAAGGCCUCGUCUCGCUAGGCACCUCGGACACUAUCCUUGUCUCCACCUCGUCCUACAACCCGCAUCCGGAAUUCCACACCUUUGCGCACCCCGCACAACUGGUAUCGCGGAGUAAAGAUGAACUAGAGGCAGGGCACCUCUCCUCGUCUGAAAGCAGCAACGGCAACAAUGGCAACAAGCUUCGAUAUUUUGCCAUGCUGGUAUACAAAAAUGGCUCCCUCGCUCGUGAGAAUGUCCGAGAUCAGUAUUUCAAUAAGUCAUGGGAUCAGUUCAAUCAAGCCGUAGAGUCCAGCACAAACCUUCACUCGACCGAAGAUGGGAGGCAAAAGGACGCCAUGGGCUUCUACUGGUACAGGCCGGACAUCAUCCCUUCUGGAGCGUACAAAGUUCAGCGCUUCGUCGUGGAUGGCUCUUCAUCAUUACAGGCGGACAUGGCGCGUGAAGUGCGGGAAUUCGAGGAUCCGAAGACCAAUGCACCGGUCAUCUUGCAGUCGCAGUUCCUCAACUACCGCGUGCGGUCCAGCGGCAUUCUCGCAUCCGAGCAGCACAAGGACUGCGCUUCUGCUUCAUCCAAAACGAAUGGGCACGGCGGCGCAACAGCACCGGAGGCACCUGCGACACUGAAACGCGUCUUUGCUGUCGGCGGUGCAGCAGCCAACCUUUCGAUCAUCCAGACGCUCUCGGACGUGCUCGGCUGCGAAGUGUGCAAGCCUUUCGUCGAGGACCAGGACCAGGACGAUGCUGAUGCUGAUGGGGACAAUCACGGUGUCGCAGCGAUCACCGACGACUUUAGCAAGAAGGUCAGUGUGAAUGUGAAGAAGGCCAACAAGAAGAACGCGGACUUUAACUCGUGCAGCGUCGCCGCGGCUUACAAGGCGAAGUGGGCAUACAUGCGCCUGUUCAACGCACAGCACGCCAUGAAGCACGGCCACAGCACGACUACGGACGGCCAUGAAUCCGCAACAGAAGCCACAAUGCCGACGCGCAAGGAUAUCUCUUUCGAAAAUAUGGUCAGCGAAAGCAAGCAUAUCCGCCGGCUGCGCCGCCGCAUCGCCAAGCGCAUGCACAUCUCCUCUUUCAGCUCUAACGUCUCUGCCGCGUCGACGCUCACAACGAACAGCACUGCGACAGCCAUGGGCGGCGCGGGUGGUGCUGCGCGCCUCGGUGGCUUCUUGGGCAUGACAUCCGCGGACGCUACUGCUUCAGCGUCCGCGUUUGAGUCUGCGCUCGACGACGAGGAUGAGGAGGUCGAUGCGCAAGAGGGCGUCGUGGUCGUGGCAUCGCCGCGGGAGGAGCGCACGGCGAUGUACGCGCGCCGCGUGCAGUGGUGGCAGGCGCUAGAGCAGCGCGCCGUGCAGGCCUCAAUCUCGGAACAAGGCGUGCAGAACUGAUGUCAUGGGAGACAGAGCCACGAAGAGGGGCCUUUUGUCGUAGGCGCUUAUCGUUCAUUUCUCUCACAGGUUCAGUCAUGUCUAAUCGGGAGCAUUUUGGGACCGUGUACAUACUCACCUAUGC